AAAACAGAGAAAGCAAAAACUCUCUCAUCGCCUUCCGAUCAGUUCCUCUCGAGAGGAGAAUUCUUUCCAUGGCGUCGCUUUCCCGGGAAAACUUCACGGAAUCCGCGGCUCGGCGCCGCCUCCGGGCGGUUCGGCGCCACCUCCUCCCCUACGGCGGCGGCGUCGCCGAUGGCCUCGAUCUCGGCUCCCGCGUACAGGCCAGCGCUGCUUCCGGCGAUCUCAACGGAAGGGAUUACAGUGUGAUUCUUCCUGAAGACCUGCGUACCGGGAAAUGGAUUGUUUAUAGAUCCGCACGCUCUCCUUUGAAGCUUGUCAGUAGAUUUGCAGAUCACCCCAAUAUUGGAACGUUGCAUGACAAUUUCGAACAUGCCAUUGAAACAUUUCGGGAUUACAAGUACUUAGGUACUCGAGUUCAUGUCGAUGGGACAACAGGAGAGUACAAAUGGAUGACAUAUGGUGAAGCUGGAAGUGCUCGAGAAGCUAUAGGUUCUGGACUUCGCUAUCAUGGGUUACUUGAAGGAGUUUGUGUUGGACUCUACUUUGUUAAUAGGCCAGAGUGGCUGAUUGUAGAUCAUGCUUGUUCAGCAUAUUCUUAUAUCUCAGUCCCUCUAUAUGACACGCUUGGCCCCGAUGCUGUGAAGUAUGUUGUGAAUCAUGCAGCUGUACAGGCUAUCUUUUGUGCUCCCCAAACUCUGAACACAUUAUUGAGCUUCUUGUCUGAGAUUCCAACUGUUCGUCUAAUUGUGGUCGUUGGAGGAAUAGAUAUACACUUGCCCUCCCUCCCACCAACGUCGAGAGUUGAGCUGAUUUCAUACUUGAAACUUCUGAGUCAGGGUUGUAGCAAUCUCCAGCCUUGUUGUCCUCCAAAACCAGAAAAUAUUGCGACUAUAUGCUACACAAGUGGAACAACCGGAACACCAAAGGGGGUUGCGUUGACUCAUGGAAACUUGAUUGCAAGUGUAGCUGGGUUUAGUCGAGCGAUCAAAUUUAACCCAUCAGAUAUCUAUAUAUCGUAUCUCCCUCUGGCACAUAUAUACGAAAGAACCAAUCAGAUCCUUUCAGUAUAUUACGGGGUUGCUGUCGGUUUUUACCAAGGGGACAACAUGAAACUGAUGGACGAUUUGGCUGCUUUGAGACCGACAAUUUUUUGCAGUGUUCCUCGGCUGUUUAACCGUAUAUAUGCAGGAAUAAUAAAUGCUGUGAAGUCUUCAGGGACGCUAAAGGAGAGACUAUUUAGAGUUGCCUUCAAUUCGAAGAAGCAUGCUAUAUUGACAGGCCGGAAUCCAUCACCUAUGUGGGACAGACUAGUAUUCAAUAGAAUAAAGGAAAAGCUUGGAGGGCAAGUCCGUUUCAUGGGAUCUGGUGCUUCACCGUUAUCUCCUGAUAUCAUGGACUUCUUAAGGGUGUGCUUUGGCUGUCAAGUGCUUGAAGGAUAUGGUAUGACCGAGACAUCUUGUGUAAUAAGCUGUAUGGAUGAGGGCGACACUUUAUCUGGUCAUGUUGGAUCUCCAAAUCCUGCCUGCGAAAUAAAGCUUGUGGAUGUUCCUGAAAUGAACUACACGUCAGAAGAUCAACCCUAUCCUCGUGGAGAAAUCUGUGUCAGAGGCCCCAUUGUCUUCCAAGGAUACUACAAUGAUGAAGUUCAAACGAGAGAGGUGAUUGAUGGUGACUCUUGGUUGCAUACGGGAGACAUUGGGUUGUGGUUACCGGGUGGGCGCCUUAAAAUUAUUGAUAGGAAAAAGAAUAUUUUCAAGUUGGCACAAGGUGAAUAUAUAGCACCAGAGAAGAUCGAGAACGUGUAUUCCAAGUGCAAAUUCAUCUCACAGUGCUUUGUAUAUGGUGAUAGCUUGAACUCUUACUUAGUGGCGGUUGUCACUGUGGACCCAGAAGCACUGAAAGAAUGGGCUGCAUCGCAAGACAUCAAGUAUGAGGCUUUAGAACAGCUAUGCAAUGACCGGCGGGCACGGGAAGCCGUUCUUACUGAAAUGGAUGCCAUCGGCAGAGAAGCGGAGUUGCGAGGCUUCGAAUAUGUGAAGGCUGUGACACUGGUGCUCGAACCAUUCACGGUGGAGAACGGACUUCUCACUCCAACAUUUAAGAUCAAGAGGCCUCAAGCCAAAGCCCACUUUGCUAAGGCGAUAUCGGACAUGUACACUGAGCUCUCUACAUCCGAUCCAUCUCCUGAUGCGUAAGUCGCGAAAAACAUCUGAAAAUUUAAAAAAAAUCAUUUGUAUAUGGAGAAAUUACUCAAGGGUACGAGGCAGAAGCUGAUUGUUGCACAAGCUACGAAAUUAGGUCUCUGUAAUUUGCUCUUCUGUUUGAUUGUAUACUCUUAACGGU